CGAGAAGACCGAGCCCGCGACCAGCUACGACUUCUUGAUGAGCCCCCCCGGGACUUCAGCAACAACAUCUUCAAUCGGAAUGCCGCCAAGCUCGCGCACAUCGUCUCCGGCAAUGCAGCUGCGAAGCAACCCAUGGACUUCCAAGCCUUGCUGAUGAAAGCGAUGACGGACUCCUUAUUCACCACCGCCUUCGGCGUGGACCUCGCCACGCUGUCGGGGUCGGACGACGGGAGGUGCUUCGCCGCGUCAUUCGACGACGCCAGCAAGUUCAUCCUACUCCGUUACGUCGAUGCAUUCUGGAAGGUGUCGAGGUUCCCCAACGUCGGCGCUGAGGCGGCGCUCAGGCACAGGAUCAAGGUCGUCGACGAGUUCAUCUACAAGCACAUCCGUGCCAAGGCAGAGGAGAUGUCGGCUCGCGCCAAGGCACACGACGCUGGGUCAAAGGAUGAUCUGCUGUCCAGAUUCAUAUUGGCGACCAACAACGACACCGAGAAGGUGGAUUACAAGUACCUGAGGGACAUCAUACUGAACAUCGUCAUGGCCGGCAAGGUCACGACCACCGAAGCGCUUGCUUGGUUCCUUUACAUGAUGUGCAAGAACCCGGAGGUCCAGGAGAAGAUAAGCAAGGAGGCCGCCGACGACGGCGAGGCCACGUCGUCCAUCGACGACUUCUCCUACAGCCUCACUCACGAAGUGCUAAACAAGAUGCACUACCUGCACGCCGCCCUGACGGAGACGCUCCGGCUGUACCCUUCGCUCCCGCUGGAUAACAAGGAGUGCUUCUCAGACGACGUUCUGCCCAACGGCUUCAACGUCGGCAAGGGAGACAUCGUGUUCUACGCCCCUACGCCAUGGGAAGGAUGGAGCGGCUGUGGGGCGAGGAUGCCGUUGUCUUCCUUCCCGAAAGAUGACUCGACGAGCGCGGCGAGUUCCUACCGGAGAGCCCUUUCGAGUUCAUCGCCCGUCUCCGUGGGGUUAUCCGGCUCAUCUCCGGUGACUAUGUCAUCGGUGUGGUCGCCACGCUGGAUAAUAACAACACUCGCUCAUCGUUCGCUCACCUGAGUCUUUGGUUGAGGGCUUGACGCCCUCCCGCAGUCCUGCCGCCGCUCUAUGUGUCGGCAUCGACGCCGCACUCCACAUGUUCUUGGACAAAGGAAAUGAUGAACACCGGCAUCACCUGUCUCCCUGUCUGGCAACUGUAGCAAGUUUCGUUGACCAGAACCACCCCUCCAGCAGCAAAGUUGUCAUCCGCUCGCUCUUUCUGUCUUUCUUAUUUUAUUUUUACAUCCUUGUCACUAUAUUGCUCCGUGUUGCUAUUGUUGUAUGAAUUGGCCUGUUGUUGUUCUAACAAUAGAAGUGAGCUGCAUAUUUUUUUCAAUAAAGUUGAUUUGUUUGCA